UUCCUGAGUUCGUUACGCCGUGAGUCGAGCGACAAGAGCUUUGCGUGAACAUGCCGCUGCUUUUGAACUGGAACCCGCGCCAGAAGGUUCCUGAUGUCAUCAGCAGCAUACGGCAAGUCUCCAAAGCAGCACUGAAAGAGGAUGCCAAGCCAAGUAAGGAUAGUGAAGAUGCCUUCUAUAACUCUCAAAAAUUUGAGGUCUUGUACUGUGGAAAGGUGACAGUGGCUCACAAGAAAGCUCCCUCCACACUCAUUGAUGAUUGUAUUGAGAAAUUCAGUCUUCAUGAGCGCCAGCGCCUGAAACUAUUAAGCGAGCAGCGCAGUGCAGAGUCGAGUUUGGACUUACCCUUGUGCGAAGGAGAUGCGCCGGCUUCUCCAUCAGAUAGCCCCUUUGAGGAGCCCAGUGGCCCAGAUACCACCACAACGCAGGCUGGGAUGUUUACAGUUGGCAGCCAGACCAACUUGAGCAACCUGACCAGCACUCGCAGCUCCUUUCCAGAGCGGAUCUUAGAGGACUCUGGCUUUGAUGAGCAGCAGGCACUUCGUUCCCGGUGCAGCAGCGUCACUGCGGUUAUGCAAAGAAGGGUCCACGACACAAACCUUAAAAUACAGCCGCGCAGAAGGCACGCGAGUGCACCCAGUCAUGUUCAGCCCUCAGAUUCGGAGAAGAACAGGACAAUGUUGUUUCAGGUUGGAAGGUUUGAAGUUAACCUCAUCAGUCCAGACACCAAAUCUGUUGUGCUUGAAAAGAAUUUUAAAGAUAUCUCGUCAUGUUCUCAGGGUAUAAAACAUGUUGAUCACUUUGGCUUCAUUUGUCGGGAAUCUCUUGAACCUGGGUUAAGCCAGUAUGUUUGCUAUGUGUUCCAGUGCGCAAAUGAAUCUCUGGUUGAUGAGGUAAUGCUUACCCUGAAACAGGCCUUUAGCACUGCUGCAGCUCUGCAAAAUGCCAAGACGCAGGUCAAACUGUGCGAGGCCUGCCCUAUGCACUCAUUGCAUAAACUGUGUGAAAGAAUUGAAGGACUCUAUCCACCAAGAGCCAAGCUUGUAAUUCAGAGACACCUGUCAUCACUAACUGAUAAUGAGCAAGCCGACAUUUUUGAACGUGUUCAGAAAAUGAAGCCGGAAAAUGACCAGGAAGAAAAUGAACUUGUGAUCUUACAUCUCCGCCAGCUCUGUGAGGCUAAGCAGAAAACGCAUGUUCAUAUUGGCGAAGCACCACCGACUGCUUCUAACAGUGCAAUUCCAGAAAACACUACCAGUGGUGGCAGGUUUAAACUUGACAUUCUCAAAAACAAGGCCAAGAAAUCCUUGACUAGCUCUCUGGAAAAUAUCUUCUCAAGGGGAGCCAACAGAAUGCGAGGCCGCCUGGGAAGCGUGGACGGCUUCGAGCGCUGUAACAGCCUGGCCUCUGACAAAGACGCUUCGCCGGGGGAUUCUCCUCCGGCUACUCCGCCGGCUUCCCCCGUGUCCUUGGCCUGGCAGCCAUUUCCCGAGGAGGACUCGGACUCGCCGCAGUUCAGGAGGCGGGCGCACACCUUCAGCCACCCGCCGUCCAGCGCCAAGCGGCGGAUAACCUUCCAGAACGGCAGGUCCCAGAGCGUCAAGGCCCCCCUGCUGCGCCAGAGCUGCGUAGAGCCCGGGAGUGAUGGGGAGGGAAAGAAAAGAACACCAACUAUCUGCAGCAGUGAGUCUCUAAAUGCUGUGGGGGCCGCGCUCACACCGCGCCGCAUCUCCUGGCGGCAGAGAAUAUUCCUGCGGGUGGCUUCACCUAUGAAUAAAUCUCCUUCCAGGAUGCAGCAUCCAGAUGGUCAUGAGGGAAGAGAGUUGUUGCCAUUAUCACCUCUUGCUCCACCGUUGGAGGAGGACCCUCUAGUUUUAGUACUGCAGAGCGAAGAUGUCCCAGAUAAAGGUGAAGAGAGGAAGAACUCGGAAGAACUACAAAGUCUAUGGAGAAAAGCCAUCCAUCAGCAAAUUCUGUUGCUUCGAAUGGAAAAAGAAAACCAGAAGCUGGAAGAAGCAAGCAGAGAUGAGCUCCAAUCAAGAAAAGUCAAACUGGACUACGAUGAAGUUGGUACACCGUGUCAGAAAGAUGUCAUCAAUGUUUGGGAUAAGAAGUUACUAAACUGCAGAGCCAAAAUCCGAUGUGACAUGGAAGAUAUUCAUGCCACUUUAAAAGAAGGUGUACCAAAAAGUCGUCGGGGAGAAAUUUGGCAAUUUUUGGCUGUGCAGCAUCGAGUCAGACACAGACUGCCAAACAAACAACAGCCUCCUGACAUCUCUUACAAAGAGCUACUGAAACAACUGACAGCUCAGCAGCAUGCCAUCCUCGUAGAUCUAGGGCGGACGUUCCCUACCCAUCCUUACUUUUCUACCCAACUGGGAGCAGGACAGCUCUCGCUCUUUAAUCUCCUGAAAGCGUAUUCUUUGCUGGACAAGGAAGUGGGUUAUUGCCAAGGUAUCAGCUUUGUAGCUGGAGUGCUGCUUCUACAUAUGAGUGAGGAGCAAGCCUUUGAAAUGCUGAAAUUCCUCAUGUACGACCUUGGCUUCCGCAAGCAGUACAGGCCAGACAUGAUGUCACUACAAAUUCAGAUGUAUCAGCUGUCAAGGCUUCUUCAUGAUUAUCACAGAGACCUCUAUAAUCAUCUUGAAGAGAAUGAAAUCAGUCCCAGUCUUUAUGCUGCACCGUGGUUUCUUACACUGUUUGCAUCUCAGUUUCCGUUAGGAUUUGUAGCCAGAGUAUUUGAUAUUAUUUUCCUUCAAGGAACAGAAGUCAUAUUUAAAGUAGCACUGAGCCUACUUAGCAGUCAAGAAACAUCUAUAAUGGGAUGUGAGAGUUUUGAGAAUAUUGUUGAUUUUCUUAAAAGCACUGUUCCAGACAUGACUCAGCCUCAGAUGGAGAAAAUUAUUACCCAGGUAUUUGAGAUGGAUAUAUCAAAACAGCUCCAUGCUUAUGAAGUAGAGUACCAUGUGCUGCAGGAUGAACUCCAGGAAAAUAUGAAUCCCUGUGAUGAAGGUGAACCUUUGGAGAAGCUGGAGAGGGCGAACAGCCACCUAAAGAGACAAAACAUGGAUUUGUUGGAGAAGCUACAGGUUGCUCAUGCUAAAAUUCAGAGUCUGGAAUCCAGCCUGGAGACUAUUUUGACUCGAGAGAACAAAAUGAAGACUAUAAUUCAGUCCCUGGAACAGGAGAAGAUAACUUAUCAAAAGACUCUUGAGCAGAUAAUGAAGUAUUUGCCAACAGAAGCGUUGUCUGACUGUGAACUGCUUCUGAAGGAAGUAAACUAUAAUCCAAAUAAUAAAACAAAAUAAGGAAAUAAGCCAUAAAUCAGGGUUUUCUAAGCAGCAUAGCUUCAAAUAUUAAGGGAAAGAAAAGAUGAAUAUGCUGCUUUCAAUGGACUUAGAAAGCAAUAGGCAACGGUAUUAUCCAAAACUAGUGCUGGGACACUUAUAGCUACAGAUGGGCCUUCAAAUCUCAGUAUGCAAAUUCAGGCUAUUAAUUUUUUUUAUGAUUGUGUAAAUAAAUCACAAGGGGAAAAUAAAGAAUUCUCACAUGUAAUUAUGAUGAGUAGAUGUAUAUUUAGAGUUGACCUAAAGGAAAAGAUGAAAAAAAUAUCAGAGUCAAAGCCAAGAUCAUGGUGAGCUACAGUUUCACUCCGGAUGUGCUUGUCUUGUAGUAAAAUGAGGAUAAGGUGUCUUUAUAUAUAUGUUGAAUAAUACUUGAAAAAAAAAAAAAGAAAAGAAAAAAGAAAAAAAAAAGAAUGUAAUUUUCCCUCCAAAGAGCAGCACGUUUCACAUCUUCUGUGGAAAAGCUAUGUGAAUUCAUGUGUGUCUGUCGUUUAACUCUACUGAUAUUGUGCACAUAGACCAGUAAUGCAGAAUCACGGAAUUAAGUAUCGCUCCUUGGCUCAUACUGGGAGAGUUUAGUGCCAUACGCUGCCCAGGUUGUACCAGUCAGCAACGUAAUUCCACGUGCAUGUUGGAAUCGGGAAAAAAAGCAUCAUGUCACAGCUCAGCCUAAGUAACUUGGACUUAAAUACAUAUCUAUACACACACACGCAGAACGCGUAAAAAAUGCAAGAGCUAAUGGUGACUGUUACUUCCUUCCCAUUCUGUUUUCUUCCACCUAUCCUGCAGUUUGUCAGGGAUGGUAGGUGGAAGGAAUUAAGGCUAUGGAGUGGUAUCUAUUCUGAUGUUCAUGUUCUGCAGGAGACUUGCUGUAAAAAUAGUUAGGCGUGGAAGAGGUUCUCAUUUAACCAAAGAAAUCUUGCAAGAAGCCUUGUCUUACCAUGGUGGGAGCGAGCGCGCUGUUUUUGGAUUUCAUCUGACAAGAAAAUUAAGGCAGGUUGCAGGAAAUACAGCAAAAGCGCAUUGGGAGAGGUCCAAGCAAGUUUCAAGUAUGACAUACCUUUCAGUUUUCACAUACCUAGUGGAUAUACAUUUCAAAGGGGGUUCUGAAGUACAGGGGCAGUUUAAUGCUUUUCAGGUUAUUCCUGUGUUAAUACUGCUUUGUGGUGGUCUUUUUAAAGCAAACAAACAAAAUAAUGAACGUGUGUGUCCUGGGCAGAGGGAAAGGUAAGCUGUAGUCAUUUCAAGACCGAAAAUAUGUUUGUAAAGGUGUAAUAAGAUGCAUAUAGAUUUGAAAAUGUUUUCAAGUGGAAAUUUCAAAGAGGCUUAAACAAAUAUGUAAUAGACACAUAUUUUGGGAUGCAUGUCUGAACUGUCGAAUUGAGUGUUACAGUGGCUCAUGUUAUCUCUACCGUUUAUACUGUAUUUCAGGAAACACUUGCUCUUUUUAGUAAGCAAAACAAUUAAGCAAAGUGCCAAAUCCAGCAGUGUCUUUAUGCAUAAGAUUGUCCAAUUUAGAAAGCAAGUACUUUCUAAGUGUUACACUUUAUGUUGAUAUAAAGAAAACUGAGAGCAACCAUGCUGAUUUGCUGCACGCCACUGCAGAACUGAGAGGUUUGGGGUUUCUUGAUUUUUGUUGUUGUUUUUUACUUCCAUGGUGGGGUUUUUUGAUUAAAAAUAUUGAUUUACUUAACAGUCUUUCUUAUUACAGUUGGGGUGCAGGGUCUUAACACUGUGUAUAAAACUAUGUGGACUCCAUCUAGAUGUUUCAAUAAUAUUGUAUUGUACCAGGUGGAAAAAUGCCAAAUGAAAAGGCAGUUCUUUGCAGUUUUGUUCAAAGUAAGUUUUAUCUGAUGUGUACAGACAAAACCAAUCCCAGGGAACUGCAGUAGAGUGUAUUACAAAGAAUAAAGAUUA